AUGACAUCUGAAAUCUCCGACUCAAAAAUCAAACCACUCCAAGUGGACUACGACAUCGUCUCGAACCGAAUAGCUGCUGCCCUUGCACAGCGGGAGUCUCUUAUCAAGUCAUGGACCAAAUCUUCUUUAGAUCACAAGAUAUCUAACGGUAUUGAAGUACAGAACGAUUCUGAAGACGAUAUCUUGUCGCAAGCUAAAUAUCCGCGACUUGGUCUUGGUGCACCAAUUCCGUCUCAGUUCUUAGUUUCUGAUGUUGAAAGAAAUAACAAUUCACUUCUUGCUAAAUUUGGUGUAUCGAAAACUUCAUCAGCAGGAAAAAGAAAAGCAAGGGAACAAAAACCUGCUGCGAGCACGCUAAGAGACUCCAGAAAUGAUAGUAGCGAUGAAGAGCCAGGAAGAUCAUCGCUAGGAAGAGCAAAAAAACCAAAAAUAGAUUUCGGAGCAGUAGAUGACAACAAAGUCAACAUCCCGAAACACAAAAUCUCUGGGUGUAGUUCACCAGCGACUAUCAAAUCUGCGCAGAGAUCUUUGAUUCCUGAGGUAUCGCAACUGGAAGAUGAUUCAAAGAGCAAAUUGUGUUAG